GGAAGUCGUGCGCCGGACCGUUGCUAGAGCGCUUGCGUGGCCGGGAAUCGCCGUCAGCCCCGGUCUUCGUAGUAACUGCCCUUGUGAAAGCGCAGCUCAUGGCUCCAGUGUACCGGUCGCGCUACCCCGAGGACACCCCAGGCUCUAGGAGACGGCGACGCAGCUCGUCGGGGAGCCUGCCUUCCGCGCAGGCCAGACCAUCCCCGUGGGGCAGCCGUUCCCACUCCCACUCGCACUCCCGCGGCCGCGAGGGCCUCAGGCCUCAGUGGGGUGGGUCGGGCUUCGGCGCUCCUUGUACCUUUAGCCGCUCUGGAUCUCGAGAGUGGCCCACCGGGCUCCACAACUACACUUUCUCGUCCUCUUCUGUCUACUAUGGCGGAUACCGCUACCAUCACCACCACUAUGCGGGCAACAGGCAGUGGGCAGAAGACUAUGAGAAGGAGAAGGAGGAGAGCUAUCACCAGGGUAGGCUGAAGAGAGAAAGAACUGGGGAGUCGGGAGCACCUAAGGUGUGGGGGCUGUCUCCAGAGUUUCCUGAGCCAGAUUCUGGUGAACACACCCCGGUUGAGGAUGAAGAGGUAAAGACUAAGAAGAGCAGCAGUUCACAAUCCAGCUCUGAAGAAAAACGGAAAAAGAAGACCAGUCAUUCAAAAAAUAAGAAAAGAAAGAAAAAGUCCAAAGGAAAACACAGGAAAUAUUCUGAUAAUAGUGACAGUAAUUCAAACUACAACACUAGCUCUGAUGAUGAUGAAAAGAGAGCAACAAAAGCCAAGAAGAAAGAGAAGAAAAAGAAACACAGAGCUAAAAAACCCAAGAAAAAGACGAAGAAGACUAAAAAAGAAUCCAGUGACAAAAGCUGUAAGGAUUCAGAAGGGGAGUUGCCAGAAGAUAUCUGGAUUGAGCAGUCAAAGAUUGCAGAUAACAUGGCUGUAAUAGGUCCAGAGGCACCUAUAAUACACACCUCUCAAGAUGAGAAACCUUUGAACUACGGCCAUGCUCUGCUUCCAGGUGAAGGUGCAGCUAUGGCUGAGUAUGUAAAAGCUGGAAAGCGUAUCCCACGAAGAGGCGAAAUUGGGCUGAGAAGUGAAGAGAUUGCUUCUUUUGAAUGCUUAGGUUAUGUUAUGAGUGGUAGCAGGCAUCGCAGAAUGGAAGCUGUGCGACUGCAUAAAGAGAACCAGAUCUAUAGUGCUGAUGAGAAGAGAGCCCUUGCAUCCUUUAACCAAGAAGAGAGACGGAAGAGAGAUAAGAUUCUAGUUAGUUUCGGAGAGAUGGUGUACUGAAAGACAAAAGGGAAAGAUGACAAAUAA